UAUGCGCCUGCACAUUUUUAAAGUCACGUUUUUAAAAGCAUGCUUGUUCUGUAAAUUGCUAAACUUACAGCGGAAAGUGUAUUUAAAGGGAACGGGUAACAGUGGAUAUAAAGAGAACGGAUAACAGUUUCAUUGAGAAUGAAAACUGUUGCCUUGGAUACCGUUUUAUGUAUCAAUGGCGUAUCUGUUGCUGCCAAGACGACACAUAUUCUAAACAACGUCACGUUUGCAUCAUGCAGUGGAGAUUUUCUUGCGGUCAUGGGACCUUCAGGUGCCGGAAAAACAACACUGCUAAAUGCAAUUGCUGGAAGGCAGCCAUUAUCUACAGGGGAGAUCACUCUAUCCGGAAAGAACUUUGACAAACAGUUGAGACGCCGGUUAGGGUUCGUUUUGCAGGAAGAUGUUUUCUUUUCUCGCCUUACAUUGUGGGAAACGCUUUAUUUUACAGCCAUGAUAAGAUUACCCGAGCAUAUUUCACGUGCAGAGAAGAUAGACCGAGUGGAUGAAAUCGUCAACAUGUUAGAUAUACGAAAAUGCGUAAACACAGUUAUUGGAGACAUGUUUGAGCGAGGAUUGUCCGGGGGAGAGAAGAAAAGAGCAAGCAUCGCUUGUGAACUACUGACAGAUCCAGAUAUACUCUUGCUUGAUGAACCAACAUCGGGUCUGGACUCCAGUACAGCGUUGUCACUUAUCAGACAGAUGAAGACAUUCGCCGCUCAGUACAAUAAAACAAUUAUUGUGUCUAUACACCAGCCAUCCAGCCAGAUCUACCAUAUGUUUGACUCUUUACUGUUGUUAGCCAAUGGCAAGGUUGCUUAUUAUGGGGGAGCGCACAAGGAGCCUUUAGAUUUUCUCGAACAAGUUGGCUUUAAAUGUGACGCAAUGUACAACCCUGCAGAUUUCUUCCUUGAAGUGCUCAAAGCAGAUCAAGCAAAAAUCGACGAGAUUGUGUGCGCUUAUAAACAAAAGUCCGUAAUUAUGAUGAACGAACUGGCAACGAAACAAGAUAUUGACAGAAAUGGGACAUUCAACAAUGGCAAUAAAAUGCCGGAAAUUGUUUUCAGUGAUUCUUUAAAAAAGAGUAAUUCAACUUCAUGCAUAAUAAGCAAAAGAUAUUCGUCUGGAACAAUUGUUACGUUUGAUGACCUUGACACUGGCACUAUGAAAUCGUCUGCACAACAAAGAUGGCCGACUGGUUUUUACACACAGUUUUUUAUGUUGUCCUGGCGAAAUUUCAAGCAGUCACGGGGAAGAAUUUUACAUCUUUAUGACGUCAUUCAUUAUGCAACAAUGGCAGUCAUUGCAAGCAUGCUAUUUUUCCAGAUUUCAUCUGAUGCCAACGUAGCUAGAGACAAAAUGGGUGCGUGUUUCUUUUGUGUAACGUUCUGGACAUUCGCACCAGCGUUCGAGGCAAUUUUAGCAUUUCCAGCAGAAAUUCGAGUGAUAUCUAAGGAGCGGGCGGCAGGUGCCUAUAGAUUGUCAGCCUACUAUUUUGCCAAGACAAUUAGCGAGCUACCGUUGCUUUUCCUGAUGCCAACAUUGUUUUACACUAUUAUCUACUGGAUGGCGGGACUCAACGGCGUGCAGGAAUUUUUCAUCACGUGGCCAAUACUGAUAAUGAGUGUUUUUAGUGCGCAGGGAUUGGGGUAUUUCCUUGGUGCAGCUAUUCCCGACGUUAAGAUAGCAUUUUUGACAGGAAAUACAGUAAUACUGAUUUCCCUUCUCUUUAGUGGAUUUAUAACUCAGUCUAUUCCACAAUGGAUUUCCUGGGUGAAAUAUCUAUCCCACAUCCAUUACCCAUUAAGUGCAAUCUGUAUCAUCGUAUUUGACAAUAUGGAACCUUUGCCGUGUAACGGUACCAGCGUAAGAGACUUUCCAAAAUGCUUACAAAAUGAGACAGCAGUAAUAACGUCGAAGGACAUAUUGUACGAAGCAGGGAUGGUGCUUCCGAUCUACUGUUACCUAGCCACUUUCGCACUUAUUUUUAUUUUCUUGAGGGUCGCUGCUUACUUGGCGUUACGUUUUCGGCGCCAUAUUCCUAAGUAAUCACCAGUGCUUAUAGCCAUCACAGUUCAGGGAAUUGGAUAUGUCCUGAGAAACUCUUUGGCUGAGAGAAAUCAGAUGGUAACCUAUAACCAAUUUCCGGUUCAGAGUGUUUGAUUCACGCCUAAAUAAGAAGCACUUUUUUGCAUUACAUCCUAGUCAGGGAAUCGGAUAUUCCCCAAAUAGGAACUGUUUACAUUCACGCUUAGUCGGAGAAUCUGAUAUUCCCAAAUUAAGAAGCACUGUUUAUUCUAAGUAAGACUCGUUAAGACCAUAUGAAUGUGUAAAUGUGUGGUGCCGAUAAAAGAUGUAAAUGGUCGGAGAAAAUAAAACUCAGUUGGGCACGUG